GCGGCGCCAGCGCGGGUCCUGCGCCCCCCGCGCCCCCAGCCCGCCGCAGGCAGAGGGGCCGCGGAGCCCCGUCGGGAGCGUGGCCGGCAUGAGCCAGGUGCCGAGGAAGCUGCCGGAGGAGGAAGAGGGGGACGAGGAGGAGGAAGAGGAGGAGGAGAUCGUGGGCUUGGCGGGUUACGCCGACGGGGCCGAGUCCUUCUCGGACGGCGACGCGGAGAGCGGCGGCGAUGAGGCGUUUUUGGAUUUCAAUGAUCCCUUCAGUACUGAAGUUAAGCCAAGAAUCCUGCUYAUGGGAUUGAGAAGAAGUGGAAAAUCUUCCAUUCAGAAAGUAGUAUUCCACAAAAUGUCACCAAAUGAGACUCUCUUCUUGGAGAGCACAAACAAGAUCUGCAGAGAGGAUGUUUCCAACAGCUCCUUUGUCAACUUUCAGAUAUGGGAUUUUCCUGGGCAAAUUGACUUCUUUGACCCUACGUUUGAUUAUGAGAUGAUUUUCAGAGGCACUGGAGCACUGAUAUUUGUUAUUGAUUCUCAGGAUGAUUAUAUGGAAGCAUUAGCUCGGCUGCAUCUUACUGUGACCAGAGCCUAUAAAGUGAAUCCAGAUAUCAACUUUGAAAUUUUUAUCCAUAAAGUGGAUGGUUUAUCUGAUGAUCACAAGAUUGAAACACAGAGGGAUAUUCACCAAAGGGCAAAUGAUGACCUUGCAGAUGCUGGAUUGGAGAAGAUUCACCUCAGCUUUUAUCUGACAAGCAUAUAUGAUCAUUCUAUAUUUGAAGCAUUUAGCAAAGUGGUACAGAAACUGAUUCCACAGCUUCCAACACUGGAAAACCUGCUUAACAUCUUUAUUUCAAAUUCUGGGAUUGAAAAAGCAUUUUUAUUUGAUGUAGUCAGUAAGAUCUAUAUUGCAACAGACAGCACUCCAGUGGAUAUGCAAACUUAUGAACUCUGCUGUGAUAUGAUAGACGUUGUGAUUGACAUUUCUUGUAUAUAUGGGCUUAAAGAUGAUGGCACUGGAACUCCUUAUGACAAAGAAUCAAUGGCAAUCAUAAAACUGAAUAAUACAACYGUCCUUUAUUUAAAAGAGGUGACAAAAUUCCUUGCUCUUGUUUGUUUUGUCAGAGAAGAAAGCUUUGAGMGAAAAGGAUUAAUAGACUACAAUUUCCAUUGUUUUCGAAAAGCCAUACAAGAAGUAUUUGAAGUAAGAAUGAAAGUAGUAAGAUCUCGAAAACAUCAAAGCCACCUGCAAAAAAAUAAAAGACCCACUCCCAAUGGGACACCAAGAAUGCCACUGUAACUGAGGUUUUCUGGCAAUGUGGCAAGCAAACUUUUCAUGAAGUUGAUGUGACUUCUGCAUCUCAUUGCACUGAGUGAAGAGGAAAACAAAUGGGACUGAUGUAUUAUAUGAAUUUUCCCUGAACRUUCAGAAAGCACUGUUUAAAUAUUUUUAUCCAAUCAGUUUUUUUUUCAUAUAGUGAGCACUUUGAGCGAAAUGUUGUAUAUAUAAACAUUGAAGUGAACACUUGUAAGAAUUUUCUUAAUAUAUGCUGUAAACCUUUUUCAUGCCAUAUUAAGAAAAAACAGCUGUGACAGAAAUACUGGGUACAUAAUUUGCACUUUUUCAUGUUUUCCUUGUGGAGUUGGACUUUGAUAAACUUAGUUUUUAUGGUGAUUUUGAUGCAUGGUGUCAGGUAAAAUGUAUGCUGUAGUUUAUUUACCUACUACAAUCAAAUUGGUUAGUAAACAAUUAAGAAAACUUGGUACAAUGCCUUUUUAAAUUUGUGACAGCUAAUACCUAACAUUCAUACAGAUCUAAUUUCAUAUAUUUUUCAAUUUGUAAACUGAAGAAUAAUAUUAAAGUAUUACAGCAAUAAGCACCUUACCAGGGAUCGUAACUGGUAGGUAAAUAUUAGCUUUUAUAAAACAGCCUUUUGGCCAAAUUUCAUCUGGAGUUCUCCUUAACACUGGUCAUGCCCUCUCUUGGGUCUGUUUUUAUUAUUUACCUCAGCAUAUACCACUAAAAUACCUUUCUAUAAAGAUGAUUGUUUUGUAAAAUGGCUCUAUGUUGCACUGGUAUUUUUAUAAGGCUUCARAGGAUGUUGUAUCUGUACAGUUAAAUUUACAUUGCUAAGUUUGUGUUGAGAGCCUGCACAUGUACAGUUGGCGCAGUGAAGAAUCUGUAUGUAUUUCCACCCUGACAUUCUGAUUUACUAAUAAGUCACAAAGAUGUGAGCACUGGGUUCUGUUUCCCUCUAACAGGRGUACAUCUGUGAUUGAAAUGAAGACGAGACCAUUAAAAUGAGGACUGGACAAUCUACCUGCUGUAAUAAUCAGCGUACAUCACUACUUUUUAUUUUAACACUGAAUAUGGGCAGAUUUACCACAGCAYCAGCCAGGAGAGGAGAGCACUCUCAAAUCUAAAAAGAAGUAAYACUAACUUUCCAGGUUCUGUACUCAGUGUUUUUGUUUAAUUAGUGAUAGAAAAUUAUAGUUGGAAGGGAAACUCUUAUUUUUUCCGAUUGCAUUCACAGUCCAAUGGUUUUGUUGGCAGCUCUUGGGGGUGGGAAAAAYUUGACCAGAAUGGGAGGCAGCGUGCUGUACACCAGAAACAGGUAAGAGGAAAUGUACCUUAUUCACAGCUAAUCUGCCCCUAGCCAAAAUAGUUCUGGAGGCAGGCAGGAAGAUAGAACCAAUAGCUCUGUCAAGACUUGUGUGAUGAGUCAGGCAGUUCUAGGUGCUCAGGAAGGUAGGAAAUCACUUCUUCAAAGCUCUUUAUUAAAUUAAAGCUCUGUUAUCUGCCAAUGAACUUCUAUUUGUUUUCUCUCAAAACUAGCAAGUAUAAUUAAUAGCRGACAUAGUAUCAAUUUGUAAUACUUACUGAAUGUAGCUUCCAUAUAUUUGGCCUGAAUUCUAUGUAAUUGUGCAUACCCUUGUAUUAGAGACCAUCAACUUGUUUAAGACAGUGAACUUACCUCUUACAGUCCCCUCUAGAAUUUGGAACAAACUAUCUAGCAUAAUUUAGUGAAGGUGACUUUAGCCAACGUGACAUUUCCAAUUGGAUAUUACCAGAGUAAGUAUAAUUUUCAUCAGAUUGCUUGUGUUUCAAACAUAAAAUUGAAAGAAUGUUAAAAAUGCAUUAGUUUUAGUGUUUAACUUUGGUAUUUUCAGGUUAGGUGAUGACUCAUUUCACUUUUGAGUAAUCAUUUUCUAAUGUAGCUGAAGUGAUUGAGCACUGAGUGAGGCAUGCAAGGUUCUUUUAAGAACAUAUUUUAGAACUUGCUUUUUCUUUAAAAUAGUUUUAUUUGAUAUUUGAUUGAGAUUCUAGUUUUUAUUUUAAGGAAAUUAAAUACUCCAUGUGCUACAAGAGCUAGUUACAACAAUGCAGUGUUGAUACACCUUUCCUAAAAUUAGAAAUUGUGCAAGAAGUAAUUACUUUCCAAAUAGACCAGUAUUUCUAACCUGAUCCAUGAGUCUCCAUUUUUUAUUUAUCAUUGGAGUUUAUUAGAARUGGUAGGGACCAUUAAUGAACUGGCAUGUCUUUUUAAAACACUGGUUUAUAAUAAACCCAAACCAAUUUAGUAUCCCAUAGACAUUUUAAAGUCAGGAGCUAGAUAAGCAUAAAAUACUGGUUCCAAGAAAUUGUUAUAGUUGAGGAAAUCUCUCUAAGUAAUUAAAGAGGCUCAGAGUGUGUAAAGGAUUCUCUGAAGAGUUAAAAUGCACUUUUGAGCAUGGACUGGAAUUACUAUUUAAAAUUUUACAGUACUGGAAUAUGUUUCUAAAAUCCUGUGACUACAGACAUGCUGUCCAUUAGCAUGGAAGUGUAAUUGACAGGAGCAAACUACUCUGAUAAAGCAUAAUUCAAAUGGAUCAUUCRAGAUCUCAUGCUUCAUGAUAGAACAAUUUUUUUUUCUCAUUUAAGCAAAAAUUCUGUGGUUUCUUGCAUGUGAAAUUGCACUCCUGAUGGUUGUGUACUAAGGGAGUUCAUUCUGUGUAAGUAGGGCAGCAGUUUUUAAAAGAAAUACUAACCUAUGAACUCCCACCAUUUUUAUAUGCAUUGUCAGAUUAAGUUGAGGAAUUAAAGAAAAUAAGCCUAAAUAGGUCAUUGUAUACAGUAGCAAUUGUUUGCUUUAAUGACAUAUUUACUGUCACUAUCAUUGGCAAUAGUCAUUGUAUAUUUUUUUCUUAAAUAGAACACUGAGCUCUUCCUA